ACACACACACACACACUCACUCCUUGCUCCGCCUCAUUUUAAGGAUGUGUAACUUUUCACCAAUGAUUCACUCUCUUGAAGUCGACCUUCCUUCGUGACCAUAAACAAAAAAAACUGACCUCAGAUCAGCUUCAGCUUUGAGCCUGCCAGCUGAGUCUCCUCAGUGUCCUGAACACAGCACACUGAUCAACUCAUCGCCUGCACGCAGGUCUGUCAAACACUGAUGCUGGAUCAGCGGGAGUGGAAUGGAUAAUGGCCAUGGCACACUGUAAUCUGCGUUCCCCAUCCUCCUCUCCUCGUGAUGAUGUCAACCUGGGACCUUCAGCAAACCCAAAUGCUAGGCCAACUGACUUUGACUUCUUGGCUGUCAUUGGCAAGGGGACUUUUGGAAAGGUCCUGCUUGCCAAGCUCAAAGCCGACAACAAAUUCUACGCCGUCAAAGUGCUGCAGAAGAAAGUCAUCCUGAAGAAGAAAGAGCAAAAGAACAUUAUGGCAGAAAGAAAUGUGCUGCUGAAGAGUCUCAAACAUCCCUUUCUGGUUCGGCUCCACUACUCCUUCCAGACCCCGGAGAAGCUCUACUUCGUCCUCGACUAUGUGAAUGGCGGAGAGCUGUUCUUCCACCUGCAAAGAGAGAGGUGUUUCUCCGAGCCCAGAGCGAGGUUCUACUCAGCCGAGGUAGCGAGCGCCAUCGGCUAUCUUCACUCUCUCAACAUCGUUUACAGAGAUCUGAAGCCAGAGAAUAUUCUCUUAGACUCUCAGGGCCAUGUGGUGCUGACAGAUUUUGGGCUGUGCAAAGAAGGUGUAGAGCCAGAGGGAACCACCUCGACUUUCUGUGGGACUCCAGAAUACUUGGCUCCAGAGGUUCUUCGUAAAGAAGCCUAUGACAGGACAGUGGAUUGGUGGUGUCUGGGAGCAGUGACCUAUGAGAUGAUCUACAGCCUGCCUCCUUUCUACAGCCGUGACGUUGCUGAAAUGUAUGAUGGGAUCCUCCACAAGCCCCUGCCACUGCCCCCAGGAAAGUCUGAUGCCGUCUGCUCUCUGCUGGUGGGUCUUCUGCAGAAGGACCAGCACAGACGCCUCGGGGCCAUCGCCGACUUUUUAGAAAUAAAGAACCACAUCUUUUUCUCUCCAAUCAACUGGGACGACCUUGACCACAAGCGAAUCACUCCUCCCUACAACCCAAAUGUGAUAAACAGGUGACAAAGGUUCACCAGGUCAACCUCUUUAGAGGCCCAGCUGACACUCAGCAUAUUGAUCCAGAGUUCACCAGAGAAAUGGUUCCUAACUCGGUGAGUCGGACCCCGGAGCUGAACACCAGCAGCAGCUCCAACAACGCCUUCAAUGGGUUCUCCUUCGUCGCCACCGAGGACAGCUUUCUGUGAGGCAGGAGUUAACUGUUGAAAUGUUUAGACAGGGUGAUUGAUUUUAUGGCGUGAUGACACCUUUUUGAGUCUCAUGAAAAUAACUGCUCCUCAUGUAACAUUGCAGAAAUUCCAUGUGGUAGGCUACCUAUCCUGUUUGACUAUUGCGGGGAUUCCCUCUUGAGGGUGUAGCAGAGAAGGAGCCCACCUGCAAUGGAGACAUUUAAUGUUAAAAUAUAAAACUUUUUUUGCCUGGAAGUCCCAGGUCUGUUCUUAGAGAGAUAGCGAAGUUCAACAUGAACGUGUUACCAAAUAUACAGGGCUCGCAAGAAGUAGGAGCAUCUUUGAGAUGCAGUGCAAAUUAUUUUUAUUUCAUUCAUUUGCAAUGGAAUGAAUAGUAUGUUUAACAAUUCUUUUAUACACAGACAUUAUCAUAUUGUGAUGGUACAGCCAGACGCUCUAUUUUCCUAAAAUAGGGUGCAGAUGCAAACGCAAGCAAAAUCUCCAGGCGCAAACAAAAAUGGACUUGACCAGAAAAUCUUUUGCAAUUUUGGUGACCACAGGCAUUGGUGCAAACCAGGUGUAACCAGACAGCUGAUGUGUAAUGGUGCAGCUGCUGGAAUAUCAAUGCGGCUGGUUCAAGUUGUGCAAACAAUUAAUACAGGCUUAUAAAUAAAAUAUUUACACUUUGCUCCUCUGCAUGUCUCAACUGCCUCAUUUAUGUAUUUUCAGUCCAAUACACACAGCCCCUCUCCCAAAUCAGAGAUUGUAGAUGAAACACACGUAUCAUUCCUGUUGAUGUGUGCUGAUUACAUGUGUUUAAUCAACUACACGGCUCACAUUCUACUUUAGGAGACUCCGGGAACCACAAGUAAUUCUGCAUUCUGGGAGCGCAGUGCAGAGGGGCAAUAGGGUAAUAUGAGCUCUUUGGGCUAUAACAGUGCCUGACUAUUAAGAGCUUUGUAGGUCAGGUGAAGGAUUUUAUGUUCAAUUCUGGAUUUUACAGGGAGCCAGUGCAGAGAAGCUCAUAUGGGAGAAAUAUGAUCUCUUUUUCUAGUUCUUGUCAGUACACGCGCUGCAGCAUUCUGGAUCAGCUUGAGAGUCUUAAGGGACUUGUUUAAGCAACCUGAGAAUAAGGAAUUACAACAGUCCAGGAUAGUUUUUUGCAAUAUUAAGCAGGUGAAAAAGGCACUCCUUGAAGUUUGUUUUAUGUGGGCAUUAAAAAAUAUAUUCUCCAAGCAAGAGAGAGCAGAAGAGGGAGAGCGAGAAGCCAUCACUAAAUACUAAGCUAAAUUAGCUAACAGAGCUAAUAGUCAAUAAUUACAUAGAAUCUCUCAGUCCACAAUAGUGGUCUUGUUUGUUUAUGGCAACUAUGUCAACAUGGCAAAAUUUAUUUGCAGAUGAUGCACCGACGAUAGAAAAUGCUUCAUGUAGCACCUUUUUAAAAUGUCAGUCAACUACACCGCAGUGUGCACAGUAUGGCUGUUUAUUCUGUGGACUGUGGUUUUCUGUUUUGUAACUGGGGAAACUGGGAAAAUAUUAUUUUAGCCUGUAGAUAGCAGAUAGUGAUAUAAGUUGUAUUUUGUUUCAUAAUACAUGUCAAUGUUAUAUUGAAAAUACUGUAUGUAACAUCUGUAAAUAUACAGUAGCAGCUUUGCAAUAUGUACUGUAGUAAUGUGAUUAUAUCAAUGUAAUGUGAUUGAUGGUGCUUGGCGUUUUCAGUAAGGAGUGAUACACUUGUACAUCUGAUAUCCUUGCAUUUUAUUUUUAUUAUCUCAUUUAUAUGUAUACUUAAAGUCUUGUUUGUAAAUCUGAUAUUAAAGAAGCUCUUCUCUUCCAA